AUGGGAUGCGAAUACCACGACGGCAAAAAGGGGCUGUACUUCGAUGGCCACGACGACAAGAAGACCCUUGAAUACCGGCACGACGAGUUCCUCCCGGCGCUGUUCGACACCCGCGACUACAUGGAGGUAUGGAUUCCGAUGGGCAAGGAUGAAGCGAUCGUCUGGGGUGUUGACGUCGAGACGGUGGAGGAGACCGAGCGCUUGCCGGAUGGUGGUGUCUGGGUUUGUGUCGAUGAUCUCGAGUCUGCGCUGCUGGCAGACUUGCCCGAAGACCUGCAAGGCAGAGUGCAGAACAAGAAAACCUACCCUGACGGGAGGCGGGCCAUGCUUCUCUACCAGGACGAGAGCAUAUUUCGAGCCAACGACGACCAGAGGCGCGCGUGGUAUCGGGACGGCCAGCAUGUGCCCGUGAAGAAGUCACAAGGCCAGGGGAUCAUGGUGUCGGGGACGAUAAUCCACAACGUUGGCUUCUUCUCGGCGUCGCGGGCACAGAUCCAGGACGCGGAGCGCAACCGCAGGAAACGAUGCGCCGCCACAGCUGCCGCGAAGCGACGGGGGGAAAACGUGAAGGUGGAGAAGUUCCGCCCCAUCGACAUGCUUCAUGAAGACGAGCAUGGACAGUACUGGUCCUACCACCUCUUCGAGUACGGCAAGAACAAGGAGGGAUACUGGACCGGGCUCAGGAUGCUGGACCACAUGUCAGACGUGCUCGACAUGUUCACAGUUCUCUACCCUGAGCACAAGCCUGUAGGCCUGUUCGACUGGUCGUCCUGUCAUGACUGCAUGGAGGUCGGCGCACCGUCGGUGAAGAGAAUGAACUUGGGUGUCGGUGGUGUGAGGAACGGAGAAGAGCUUGCGCCGAUGGACCCCGUGACCAUCCUCGAAGGUACCCCGAACCUCCCAGCCGGCACGGUACAGCACUUACUUGAUGUUUCGGAGGGGGGACGAUCCCCCCUUCCACUCCCCGCAUCUCAAGCCGGCGCAAUAUGUCGGAAAGUUGAAAGGAAUGCGGCAGAUUUUGUGGGAGAGGGGGCUCCUGGUCAAAGGCAUGAGUAAGACGGGGGGCUCGGGCGAAAAGCAGGACCUCAGCAAGAGCAUGGAGCACGUUUUGGGAGAGCAGAAGGACUUCAAGGAAGUUGAUUCUAGUCUGGUGCUGUUGAUGCAGCGCCACGGGGGGGCCUGUCUCAUGCUUCCUAAGUACCACUGCGAGUGUAACCCCAUCGAGCUUGUUUGGGGCCGAGCGAAGGACUGGACUCGAAAGAACUGCAAAUAUUCGUUGGAAUGCUUGCGCAAGAACGUGCCGCUGAGUUUUAGACCAGAGAAGGAUAGACAGGCUGUUUCGGUAGUCCAGGGCUACUGCAAGAAGGCGUACACACACGCCCUCAUGUACCGCGAGACGCGUGUGCAAGGGCCUGAGGGCAAGAAGACGGACAAGAAGUACAAGUCGCACAGGCGCCCGACCCCGAAGGAAUGGAGGCCGUAGAGUCGAUGGCGCAUUCUUGUUCAUUGAGCUGUAUUUGUUCAGAUUUUUUCCGUGUUUCUGGUGGGAAUGUUGUACAAAAAUGGAACAUUUUUGUUGAAAACGGCCAAUUUUUGUGAUGUAUGUACGCUAUAGGUGCGGUAGAGGCAUUUGCAUAGUGUUUGAGGGCGUUCCUGUGCACGUGUGGGUGGUUUGGUGCGAAAAGCAUAAAAAGGAUUAGCAACAUAUAUGGGGGAAAAGUUGCUCUAGGGCCAAUUUCGUGGGUUCGAGACCCGCCGCGAGCAUCUUUUUUUCUUUUUUUCUCAUUUUUUCCUUUUUUUUUGGCGACUCGCUACUCUUUUGCACCUUGCCGCGGUCGUUCCGAAGCUGUUUUUCUUUUUCUUUUACUCGCUCUCAGUCAAAAGUUAUGGAGGGACAACAAAAAUCGGGUCCUUGAAAAUUACCACUUCAGGGUGAAAUCGGCUGAACGUCCUGGUCCGAUGGACUGAAGUGUCUCCCGUACAUUUUCGCCCUGACCUUACCUGUCCAUCCCCCCCUCCACCAAGUCGGACGCUCCUGUGGAGUUUGUUCAUUGUUUUGCCAUUGGGUGUCCCGUCUUCUUUUCUCCCCCCAAGUCGUUCUGGCGUUCGGGUUUGUUUUCGUCGAGAGGGCCGAAAGAGAACGAUCGUCCGUGGUGUACACGGCAGGUAGGUCUGAUGACGCUCGAUUUAGAUUCACGAUAGGGAACCAACAAGGGAAGAGUGAACACGCAGAGGUUGACUUGAUUUUUUGCUUGUCCUUUGCCGAUGCGCGAGCACGGCGGCGGCGGAAGCAGUGCCCAUGUACGUCACGCACAAAAAGGAGGUUGGAGAUGCAAGCAUCAACGGUUGUUCGUGGGCGGUAGUGCUUAUCGGUAGGCGGCUGGUGGGCUUUCGGAGAACACUCAUAUGGUACUUUCUAGAUGAGACAGAUCUUCCUUCUCGUAAUUUAUGUGUUUGAACCUCUUUGAAACACCAAACCGCCCUCUCGCAUCCACACGUCUCUACUUCAUUCAGUACACACACACCCGCCGUGCCCUGAUUCCCCGUCUACAGCAGAGAACGAACCUGAAACCGAACAAGUUUCUCUCUCUCGUCGUCACCAAUGCAAAGCAAAAAUAUUCUACACGACGUCAACAAAUGAAGGCAACACCACCCCUUCCUGCAAUCGGAAUUGCCUCCUGACCCUCCUCGUGCUGCAUUUACGUGCCGCGGAAACACCAGUUUCGCCUUUACCGUAAUCGUGCUCCAUUUACGUACCGCGGAAACACACCAGUUUCGCCUUUACCGUGAUAGCUCCCACAAGAGCGAUACCACGUGAAGGACGCCCCCGCGAAGCUUCCGCCUCCGACCGCUACAUUCAUUCGCACGCUCGCCUUGCACCCCCCCCCCC